GUCUUUGUUCAUCUGGGAGAAGACUUUCCUUAAUUCUUCCAGUGUGUCCAUUUUCUUUGAUUAGGAAAGGACAAAACUCUCCUGUUAACUAGAUUAAUGGCUCUACUGUAGAUUCCAUCACUAAGGAACUCUCUUGGAUACUAAACACUGGAAAAUAGACACUCAAAACUCAUAAACUGCUUCAGUCCUCACACAGCCCAAUUUAUCUGUGGAAUAUGGAAUCCUAUUGAAUUUGCAAAAGCUUCAGACUGCAGUUUUCUAAACAGUCUCUGAGCGCCGCUGUUGACCAAUUCGCCGCAAGAGCUGGAUCCCAGGAUUCCCGAGCCUAUUUGCGCAGUCACAGAAGCAAGGCAGAGAGGAGGGUGCCCCAGGCUUGGGUUUUCUGCUUGGCAAAUCAAACUCCAUAGAGUCUGGGGUACCUGCAAACUAGGGCCAUUGGAUUUUCAAAGCCAUUUGUGAAGAAUCUUCCGUUAAUUUCUGAAGCUGCAACAGCACUCAAGAAGGAUGGCAUACCGAGGGAAGCAAAGGCGCCGGUGGCGGCAAGUACUCUUUCCCUUUCUUGUGCCUUUGUUCAGCGCGGCGCUUGCCGAACAGAUCCGCUAUUCUAUUCCGGAAGAAAUGGCCAGGGGCUCAAGAGUAGGAAACCUAGUUGAGGACCUGAGGCUGCCUAUUGGGAAUUUACUUGCCCGAAACCUCAGAGUUAGUGCAGAGAAACAAUACUUUUCCGUGAACACUGAGAAUGGGGACAUCCUUGUGAAUGACAGAAUAGAUCGGGAGCUGCUCUGUCCCCUGAGCCCUCUGUGUGUAAUACCGUUAGAGAUUGUAGCAGAAAAUCCUCUAAAUGUUUUUCACAUAGAUGUGAUAAUAGAAGAUAUAAAUGACAAUCCCCCUCGUUUCCCUGAAAGUACCAUUGUUUUACAAAUCAAUGAAUUAGCACUUCCAGGCACUAGAUUUGGCCUGGAAUCUGCUAUCGAUGCAGAUGUAGGACCUCAUUCUCUUCAAAGUUACCAGCUCAGCUCUAAUGAUCAUUUCUUUCUCAUGGUGAAGGACAAGACCGAGGGCAAGAAUGUCCCAGAAUUAGUGUUGGAGAAGCCGCUGGAUCGGGAACAACAGAGUUCCCAUCUUCUGUUCCUGACUGCAGUGGACGGGGGAGACCCUGUCCUAACUGGCACUGCUCAAAUUAAAAUCAAGGUCACUGAUGCCAAUGAUAACCCCCCAGUAUUCACUCAGGAUGUAUACAAAGUCAACCUUAGAGAGAACGUGCCCCCAGGCACCUCUGUGUUACAGGUGACAGCUACUGAUCAGGAUGAGGGCAUCAAUGCAGAGAUCACCUACUCCUUCAAGUCCCUAAGAGAUGGUAUUGGAAAUAAGUUUAUACUAGAUCCUAAUAAUGGAGAAGUUAAAUCCAAAGAUCCUAUAGACUUCGAAAUCAGAAGAAGUUAUACCAUGAGCAUAGAAGCAAGGGACGGUGGAGGCAUGGGCACUGAAUGUAAAAUUAUACUAGAAAUUCUGGAUGAGAAUGACAAUGUUCCGGAAGUAGUUUUUACUUCAGUGUCCAGUUCCAUAACCGAGGUUGCAGAACCUGGAAUGGUAAUUGCUCUGUUCAAAACAUAUGAUAAAGAUUCUGGAGAAAAUGGAGAGAUCACAUGCCUCAUAAAAGAAAAAAUUCCUUUUAGAAUUGAAACUUCUGCCAAUAAUUACUACAAGCUUGUAACAGAUGGACCCUUGGACAGAGAGAAGACUGCAGAGUACAAUGUCACUGUCACCGCUACUGACAAGGGCAAGCCUCCCCUGUCCUCCAGCGCCAGCGUCACCCUACAAAUUGGUGAUGUAAACGACAAUGCUCCCAUUUUCGAACAACCCGCCUACUUGGUCCACCUACCAGAAAACAACCAGCCCGGGGCCUCCAUAACCCAGAUCCGCGCUUGGGACCCAGAUCUGGGACCCAACGGCCAGGUCUCCUACUCCAUCGUGGCCAGCGACCUGGAGCCUAGAGCGCUGCUGUCUUACGUGUCCGUGAGCCCGCAGAGCGGGGUGGUGUUCGCGCAGCGCGCCUUCGACCACGAGCAGCUGCGCGCCUUCGAGCUGACGCUGCAGGCCCGCGACCAGGGCUCGCCCGCGCUCAGCGCCAACGCCAGCGACCCCGGGCUCUUCAGCCUGGGGCUGCGCACGGGCGAGGUGCGCACAGCUCGCGUUUUAAGCGACAAGGACGCUGCCCGCCACCGCCUGCUGGUCGCUGUGCGGGAUGGUGGGCAGCCUCCUCUUUCGGCCACCGCCACCCUGCUCCUGGUCUUUGCGGACAGCUUACAAGAGGUGCUUCCGGAUCUCGCUGACCAACCUGUCCCUUCUGAGCCCCAGGCCGAGCUGCAGUUCUACCUGGUGGUGGCUUUGGCCUUGAUCUCAGUGCUCUUCCUCCUCGCUGUGAUUUUGGCCGUUGCACUUCGACUGCGACACUCUUCCAGUCCCACUUACUGGGGCUGCUUUCAAUCUGAUCUCUGCUCUAAGAGCAGACCAGGGGUUUCUCUCAACUACAGCGAGGGAACCUUGCCUUAUUCCUACAAUCUGUGCGUUGCGUCUGACUCUCAGAAAACAAGGCUUGAUUUUCUCACCAUGAUGCCGGAAUUGGUCACCCCGCAAGAUCCUUCCGAGGAAGCUUCUUUGGCAGCAGAGAAAUGCAAAGAUCCUGAUCUAGCAGGCGCCUAA